ACCCCCCAUCCCCCAAAAACAACCUACCAAAACAAAACAACCUACCAAAGCACAACAACCUAAUACAAAUUAAAUCAGAGGAGUCAUUCCUACGGCAGCUUUCUGGCGCAUGUAAUGUGGUUUUUUACAACCUCCCAUUAUCAGAUGACAAAGAUUGAUCAGCUAAGGCAGUGACCACUGCGGGAGGGUGACGGUGCACGGCUGGGUGUCGUGCUUGUGUCACCAAGCCUGGGUGGGGAAGGGCUGCUGCUGCCAGCCCUGUGCCUCGGCGGCACCCCUUUGUCUGACACCGUCCUCCCGGCCCGGCACGGAGCUCGCUCUGCUCCGGCACAGCACGUGCUUUCCCGUGUCAUUCCAGACCUGAUGUCAUGACCGAAGCCCGUUGCGCGGUCCCCGCCGCUGCCCGCUUUCUCGGGGCUUUGCUCGCCGCACCGGGCCGGCUGCGGGAGGGACGGCGAGGUGCCGAGCCGUGCCGAGCCGUGCCGUGCCGAGCCGUGCCGAGCCCCGGCGCCGCCCCGCCGCUGCGCGCAGAGGGCCGCGGCCGCGCUCGGCGGAGCAUCCCUGCGCGGCCCGGCCCCGCAGCCGUGCCCGGCCCCGCAGCCGUGCCCGGCCCCGCAGCCGUGCCCGGCCGGCGCCGCCGCAGGUGGAGUUCAGCUGAGACUGACUUCGUCUGUGGCUGUCCAUAAACUGUGAAACAGAAGGAUGCAGAAGACUAUCCCCUGCAUUUUUGUCCAUGAGUGAUAAGAGCACAAGAUCAUUAAUACAAGUUUGCUGCAAAGAUGAGUUCAGAGGAGAAGAGUAUAUCUCCAGCUCACAAAACAUCCACUCCAUCACAUAGAAGUGCCUCCUCCUCAUCAUCAUCUCAGAGAGACAGGAGGCAGAGUGUUCAUAUUUUGGAGCGAAAGGCUUCUUCCGGAAGCACAGACCCUUCUUUAAGCAAGCAGUUCCUUGAAAGUGACCAUCUCUCUCUAUCCAAGGAACCUGACAGCUGGGAAAUCAUAGAAGGUCUGAAAAUAGGCCAGACCAAUGUCCAGAAGCCAGACAAACAUGAAGGUUUCAUGCUGAAGAAGAGAAAAUGGCCAUUAAAAGGUUGGCACAAGAGAUUUUUUGUCCUGGAUAAUGGAAUGUUGAAAUAUUCAAAGUCACCGAUUGAUAUACAGAAAGGAAAGGUCCAUGGGAGCAUUGAUGUUGGUUUGUCAGUCAUGUCUAUAAAAAAAAAGGCUCGUAGAAUAGAUCUUGACACAGAAGAACAUAUCUAUCACCUAAAGGUGAAAUCACAGGAUUCAUUUGAUGCGUGGGUUUCAAAGUUGCGGCACCACCGGUUGUACCGUCAGAAUGAGAUUGUGAGAUCUCCCAGGGAUGCCAGCUUCCACAUAUUCCCCUCAGCAUCUACUACAGAGUCUUCACCAGCUGCCAAUGUGUCAGAUGGAAAGGUGCAACAAAAUAACUUCCCCUGGCAGCCUCCUAUACCUUGCAGUAACAGCCUUCCUGUCACCUGCACUACUGGUCAGAGUAAAGUAGCAGCCUGGUUGCAGGACUCUGAAGAGAUGGACAGAUGUGCAGAAGAUCUUGCUCAUUGUCAGUCUAACCUUGUGGAACUCAGUAAACUUCUUCAAAAUUUAGAAAUACUACAGAGGACUCAGUCAGCACCAAAUUUCACAGACAUGCAGGCUAACUGUGUAGAUAUUUCAAAGAAAGACAAGCGGGUCACGAGACGAUGGAGAACAAAAAGUGUCAGCAAAGAUGCAAAAAUUCAACUUCAGGAAGGGCCGGCACCGAAGGGCCAGUUCAGCACAACACGACGCCGGCAGAGACUGGCAGCUGCAGUGGCUACAACAGUCCCUUUCAGUGCUACGAUGUCACCUGUCCGCUUGCAUUCAUCCAACCCCAACCUCUGUGCAGACAUUGAGUUUCAGGCUCCCCCAAGCCAUGUGGCAGACCCUCUGGAGUGCUCUACUGAGUACAUGAAGCUUCAAGAAGAAUUCUGCUUGAUGGCACAAAAAGUGCAUUCUCUUUUGAAGUCUGCCUUUAACAGCAUAGCUAUAGAGAAGGAGAAGCUUAAACAGAUUGUUUCAGAGCAGGAUCUUACAGGCCACAAUGCUCAAAUAGCUCACCUCAGACAGUCCCUCUCUCAGGCUCUCAACCAGAAUGCUGAACUAAGGAGUCGCUUGAACAGAAUACAUUCAGAAUCUGUUAUUUGUGAUCAGGUUGUCAGUGUAAAUAUUAUCCCUAGUCCUGAUGAGACGGGUGAACAAAUUCAUGUCAGUUUGCCACUGUCUCAGCAAGUUUCUAAUGAAAGCAGGCUCUCUAUGUCUGAAUCUGUUUCAGAGUUCUUUGAUGCACAGGAAGUGCUUCUGUCUGCCAGCUCGUCAGAAAACGAGGCUUCUGAUGAUGAAUCUUAUAUCAGUGAUGUGAGUGACAAUAUAUCUGAGGACAACACCAGUGUUGCAGACAACAUUUCUCGGCAAAUUCUUAAUGGUGAGCUGACAGGAGGCGCAUUCAGAAAUGGACGGAGGACUUGUCUCCCAGCUCCCAGCCCUGACACCAGUAACAUCAAUCUCUGGAAUAUUUUGAGAAAUAACAUUGGCAAAGAUCUUUCCAAAGUAUCCAUGCCAGUUGAGCUAAAUGAACCUCUGAAUACCUUGCAACAUCUUUGUGAAGAGCUGGAAUACAGUGAACUCUUGGACAAGGCUGCUGAAACAGAUGAUCCUUAUGAGCGCAUGGUUCUCAUAGCUGCCUUUGCAGCAUCAGGCUACGCCUCUACAUACUUCAGAGCAGGAAGCAAGCCAUUUAACCCAGUGCUUGGUGAAACUUAUGAAUGUAUUAGAGAAGACAAAGGAUUUCGAUUUUUCUCAGAGCAGGUUAGCCACCAUCCUCCCAUUUCGGCAUGUCACUGUGAAUCGAAAAACUUUGUGUUUUGGCAAGAUAUCAGGUGGAAAAACAAAUUCUGGGGAAAAUCAAUGGAAAUUCUGCCUGUUGGAACCUUGAAUGUGACUCUUCCAAAGUAUGGAGAUUACUAUGUCUGGAACAAAGUCACUACUUGCAUACAUAAUAUUCUUAGUGGAAGGAGAUGGAUAGAGCACUACGGAGAGAUAACCAUCAGAAACACAAAAAGCAGUGUUUGUAUUUGUAAACUCACUUUUGUUAAGGUGAACUACUGGAAUUCAAAUGUAAAUGAGGUCCAGGGCGUUGUGAUAGAUCAAGAAGGGAAGGUGGUUCACCGCCUUUUUGGAAAGUGGCACGAAGGCCUCUAUUGUGGGGUUGCACCUUCAGCCAAAUGCAUAUGGAGACCAGGCUCCAUGCCAACCAAUUAUGAGCGUUAUUACGGCUUCACAAGGUUUGCUAUUGAGCUCAAUGAAUUAGAUCCUUUACUGAAAGAUCUUCUUCCUGCAACAGAUGCACGAUUCAGGCCAGAUCAAAGGCUUCUGGAGGAAGGAAAUAUAGAAGCAGCAGCAUCUGAGAAACAAAGAAUAGAGGAACUCCAGAGAGCUCGGAGGCGGUACAUGGAAGAAAACGGCAUUGAAUAUGUACCCAAGUUUUUUAAAAAAGUUAUUGAUGCUAAUCAAAGAGAAGCCUGGGUUACCAAUGAAACCUACUGGGAACUGCGAAAGGAUCCUGGCUUUAGUAAAGUAGACAUUCCUGUACUCUGGUAAACUGAGAAUGUAGACCUAGUAAACAUAUCACUCUGAAGAAAAAAAUAACUAUGCACAAUAUGUUUCUUAUAGCUAAGUGUGGUUUGUGGGUCUGCAGAAAAACCAUAUCACAUGCAUUUAUAUUCAUCUUUAUAAUGGACUUUCGGAAGUGCAUUAGACCAGGCCCCUGACCACUUCUGGAUCUUUCUAAUUUUGCAGCAGCCAUCAGAACUAAAAAAAAAAAAAAAAAAAAAAAAAAAAAAAAAAAAAAAAAGGAAACAGAAACCUUUUGAAGUUUCAUACACUGAAAAUUCAGAAAUAAAGAAGCAGAUGAGAUAUCCAAAGUCACUCGGAAGAGGUGGUAAGCGCAAAACUGCAACCGGUGCUUUAAACGGACAUUAAGAGUAAUACAAUUUAAAUUAAAAAAAAAGAAAAAAAAAUCCAUUUUGUUUCAACUAUUUUUGUUAAAAACUCUUGGGUCACAACACUGUCAUUUCUGGCUUCAGGUUAGUCCUUUGGUGUGAUGUGCUUGGACUGGCCUUUGUCAAAAAGAUGCUUUUCUGGAAGCUGUUCCCAUUCAUAUGCCAUUGUUCAUGCCUUAACAAAAUAUGAAGAUGUACAUUAAGUAAUUUUAAAAUAUCUAUGCUUAAGCUUGUGUGAAGGGCAGAUUUUUAAAGCUCUAGAAUUCUAUCACAAUAUAAAUACUGGAAGACCUGCAUUAUUUGAAGUCAAAAGAUAACCAAACAUCUAACUGUAUUUCAGAGGUAUGAGAUCUACUGUACAUGCUUUAGCUUUGGGAUGCUGACUGUGUAAUCAGACUGAAAAGAAACUGCUAGCUGGUUGAGUUUCAAUUUUGGUAAAUGCAUAUGAGUUGCUAGUCAGAAAGUUCAUAUUCUAAAUGACUGAUGCUGAGAUGCAGUCAUCACAUUUAGUACUUGCUGGACAUAGAUCUCUCAGUGAAUCUCAUUUUCCCCUAACUGUUUAUACAAUUAGAGAUCCCUGAAGCUUUGCAACAGUGUUAAAAGCACAGAAAGAUUUUACGUGAAGGUCUCUGGCUUCUCUCCAAAAGCUGGAUAGUACUGUAAAUGCAAUGUUUUCUGCCACACACACUGUUUAUUUUCCUGGCUCUGUUUUUUCCCUAUCCAGUUUUCUUGUCUAAAAUUAUGUUUGAGAGUAUGGCACAGGCUCCCAUGUUAUAGCUAACAACUUCUACUUGUGUUGCCAAAACAGCUUUUGUGCAAAAUAUGCUUUACAUUUUUUCAUAAAGUGGUUCUAUAUUUUUUGAUUAAAAACAAAGUCUCUUAUGUGUUGCUAAGCCUCAAUUAAUAGAAGUGAGAGAAGACUUGGCACUUUCUAUUUGAAGAUAUCUGAAACGUUAAACUGUAGGAGGGCAGAUCUUAAUAAAAUAAAAAACCAGUAAUUUAUUAGAUAAGAGCUACAUUCCAUAUGGUAUGAUCUAGUCUUCCAUUUGUGCAUGUGUUACACAUCCCACCACUGGUGAUAGGUUAGAUUUCAUGCACAGACUCUGUAUUCCUUUCUGCCUAUACAUGGCAUAUGAUUUUGCUAUUUAAGAUUGAUUCCAGUCCUGAGACCAAAAAUAAAAUUACUAAAUAGGUAUGUGAUCUGCCAGCAGAGCUGCUUGAACAGUUGUCAUUGUGCAUUACCACACCUCCCCAGCUCUCAGCCUGCUUCUUUCUUUUUCUGAGUCAGGUCCCCAUUCAACUGAGAUUACUUUGGUAAUUUAAUAUUAAUUUAGACCUCCCUAUUGGUCAUAUAGCAAAGUAACUAGCUGCUAAUCAGUUCCCAUUUCUUCACACACUUCUGUUACCAGAAAGAACUAUGAAAACCUACAGAAAAUACUAAGUAGACUUUUUAUGAAUUGAGAAUGCGCAUGAAUUUUUAAUAAAAAUUUGGUAUAAAAAUCCAUGUGUAGAUAGUUGGGAUUUCUUCCAAAGAAAAUUUUAAGUUAUUCAAAGAAUGUUAUCUUUCUCUUUCCUAGUUGAACCCAGUCUGAUUGAUUUUUAUUUUAGUUCUGCAAUUGUUAUUAUAAGAAAAUGAAAAUAUAUCAAAGUUGGUUUUUAAAUAAUAUUUGGUUAAGGUCAUCCUGCUUGCUUUAACAAUAUUGCACUAGGAAUCAAAUUGGCACAUUGUGUGUAAAAUAGCAAUUAAUUAUUGUAGGUAAUUUUCUUUAAAGCAAACUCUAUUAAAUGUUUGCCCAUCUUUUGCUCCAGUCCUUGUGUGCAGUUCACCGUGAUAUGAGGAAGUAUUAUUUGUGUACGACUGAAGCACAUUUGAGGGACAGAACUGAAUGUCCUCACAUCUUUAAUUUAAAUACAGAAAGAAGGUCUUUAGAUUUACAGCGUUCUGGCAGUGCUCUGUGAAUGCCAUUAUUUGCAAUGCAAACUGAAACUUGGUGGACAUUAAAAAUGCUAUGGCUGAAUUGUUUCUCACAAUUGUUCAUUUGACACUCAUUGAAAGAAAAAUAACACUAACACUUCUAAAAUCUAAAACAUCUGUGAUAUGCUAUUUCUAAGCGAGGAGGAUGUUAAAUUAGUUACUUAGUAAGUAGAAAAGACACAAAAUGAUGCAACACAAGAUAUUAGAAAUUUAAAAGUUGGAGCAGAUGUACCAUGAAGCAGUUUCUCAUAAUGCAGAGUUCUCUGCAUUCUUUGCAAAAUCUGUUAUUGCAUUUUUCCACUAACAUUGGCAGACAUCAUGGAAUAUUUUGUGCUGUUUCUGUUGUGGAUAGGUGUGAGGGCUUCUAUCCAAAUUAUAAUUUUUAAUCAACCUGUGACGUUUCCCAGCAUUGAGUGAGAGGGCAUGGUGAGUUUUCCCCAUCCCCUGCCCAUGUAGUGCAGAAUUGAGUAUCCCAUGCUGCAAAGAGAGUGCACCACUGGCUGUUCUGCAGCCUGGCACUUCUUGUAAAUGCUGUCUGGUUUUUGGCAGGGCUGCUGCUCAGACAUCUCUUCCCAGCAGGUGGGAUUUUUCUGCUCCAGGAGCAAACCUUUCACUUCUGUUGAAUCUUGUGAAGUGUUUCCUGGCCCAGUCCUCAAGUUGAGCAGUGUCCUUCUAGUUGAAGCUUUGCCAUCUGGCAUGCCAUCUCAUCCUCCUAAUUUGAUGUCAUCUGUGAGCUAGUUAUCUUGCAGUCUUGUGUCCUUGUCCAGGUCACUGGUGAGAUGUUGAUUGACAUGGCCACAGAAGUGAUCCCUGCAGGGCUGUCCUCAUUGCUGGCUGCCAGCAGGGCACCAUUGAUCACUGCGUGCCCUUCCAGCCUGGGAUUCAAGCAGUUUUCAGCCCACUCACUCCAUUCAUCCAGGCAAUAUUUCCUUUUGGAAGGCAUGAAAAAACCCUAUCCAACUCAGUAGAUUUAAUUGCUGUAUGCUUGGUAAGUGUUGAAAUUUAGUGUAAAUCAUUUGACACAUAAAACUUUUAAUGCAAUUUAAGAAGUUCUUUCGCUUCAAAGACAUAUGCUUUUCUCCUGUGUUUUCUCAAAACACUUAUUUCUGUAUAAAAAUACACAAUACUUAGUUUUAGUUUCACAAUAAUGAGCUGUACUUUCUACUAAUAUUUUGAAAGUGUACCUUAAUUUUUUCCUUGUUCUGGUACUUUGGAUAUUAUAAGGUAAUAGUAGCUAUUUUCAUCAAAUACAAUGUCUUACAAACAUUUGAACAGCUUCAUUCAUAUUUUAGAUUAGUAUUAUUAAGAUGGCAGAGUUUUGGCAUAUUAUAAGUUUUUUGUCUCACAGGAAAAGAUGAUUUGAGUUUUUUUUGAGGUGAGGAAAAAAACCUUUCAGCAGUGGAGCCCAGCACAAUUGCAGUCUUACACUGAGCUUCUCCUCAAAAAAUCAGAAUUUUUAGAGAUACCCUGGAGGGGAGGAGAAGUUCACUUGCAGUUGCACAAUGACCAAGAGAGCUGAAUAUAUCCAUUCUCUGUAUUGCAAAACUUACUAGUAAAGGGAACGUUUGUGUGCUCUCCUUGUUUUACUGGAUUUUAGACAUUGUCGGUGCAAUAAUAAACAACAGCUAUUUUACACGUGUUGGCAGCAGUUGUAGAUGUAGUUUUUAGAUGCCAUUAAUAAUAGUGGAGCUGCAUAAUUAAAGCAAAGGAGAGGUUUUCAGAUUAAAUCUAUCUGAAAGUGUAUUUGUAUUAAUAUGCUAAAAUGUUAGGAGGGGUUAAGCUAGAGAGUUUUGCCCACCUGGGGGAAUAAGAUUAAUAUUGACAAAAGUGUAUCAGAAACACUGGAAUGGCCUCACUGGUAACCAUGAGAAAGCUCAGGAAAUUUGCUAUGUCAUAACCAUUUACCUUGGCAGAUACUGGGGGUGAAAAACACUUCAUUGUUUUUUUUUUCUGUCUGUCAUUAAGUAACAGUCAUCAAAACUGUAUAAAACUUAAAUUUACUCUUCAGUGCACAUAUUGAUAUUUUCAAGGUAUAUUUAGUAUAAAAAGUAGUAUAAUUUCCUGCUUCCUGAUUACUUUUAUGGUAAUUGGGUACCAGUCAGUAUUUUCGUGAAGAAAGCAUGGGUUUUUUCGUUUGGUUUUUUUCUUGUUAUUUUCUGGUUUUUGGUGGGUUUUUUUGUGUGGUUUUUUUUUUUUUUUUUUUUUUAAUGGAAGAAUCUAGACUGUGUUAACAAAGGUAUAAUUAUUCCUGGUGAGAGUAUCUCCAUAAGCUCCAUUACAACAGUGACUGGCACCCAAGAGAGUGCUGCAAAUCUGAGCAAGGUCAGAGAAAUUGCACAUUUACAGCAAUUUAUCUUAUUUUUGUAUUAUAUAUUGUAAGGAAUCCACUUACAAAAGCAAAUACAUUAUUUACUCUUAAACUAGGGUAUAUAAAACCUGUAUUUAUUUGCUUUAGUAGAAACAAUAAGUUUCUUUCAUUAAACUGAAAAGUAUCUUUAUAAAAGGAUUUUUAUACAGUUUCUUGCAAGUUUAAAAAGUAAUAUUGGUGUACUUGUGUUUUAUAUACCAGCCUCCUACUUUGUCAAAUUUUGUGGUAUUAUAAACUCACCAUCUCUGAUUUUUUAAAUUUUUUUUUAACUUUCCUUGCAAUCUUUGUCAAACCUCAGAAAAGAAAGGCAAGGGAGAGACAACAAUGCAGAGUGGUGAAACUUGUCACAGAAGCUCUGUCAGUGUGAGAAGUAACAAAAGAGAAAGUUUUCUAACUUGCAGGAAUUAAACUGUCAGCAGAGCUGCUGAAUUCAUUUUUGGCUGGUUAUCUUAAUACCAUUUUUCUUUCCACUGAUCCAUGGCAGCAUGAAAAAAGGGAACAUUGGAGACAUUUGCUCAGAAUUAAUGCUGAAGGUAAAGGGAAGUUUUUACUCCUCUCAUAAAUAAAAAAUUAUUGUAGCCAGCAUUUGGCUGAAGAUGUCUUGGUAACUUGGACAAGAAAGAGAGUUGCAUAGUCUGAAUAUAUAAUCAGCAGUGUGCAAUGUGUUCUCUCUGACCUGUGAAUAAUUCAUUGAAGUAUGGUAAAGCUACUUAUUGGUACUCCUGGAGCAAUGAUUCAGAUGUCUCCUGUUGAACACUAAAAUGUAUUUUCAUAUUGACUGCUACUUUUAGUGGUCUGCAUUAGUGAAAGAAGAUAUCUUAUGCUAGUCUAUAAUGUUGCUUGCCCAGAACAUUAGGCAUGCAAAAUGGGAAGAGGUGAGGAAAUUCCUUCAGAAACUCAGAAUGGGUAAAUUCUCUGAGAAUCAAAAUGAUGUGCUCUACAAGAGCAGAACACAAUGGCAAAUAUUCGACCAGAGCUGUUCUUCACUGAGCUGCUUGCUUCUGGUGCCAGUCAGUGUAGCUACACAUGCAACUUCCUGUUUUGAAAUUGCAUCUCUUUUUGGGAUUGUGCUUGUGUCCCAAGGGUUGCUUUGUCAUGUCCACCAAGAAGAAUCAGUGGUUGAGUCAGGACUGCAAACUCAGAUUUCUUGUCCAGUAGUCAUGUGCUGACCACUCUUUCUUUGUUAAAGUCAUCUGAACAAGGAAUGUUAUAGUAACAUUAUCAUAGUGAAUACAAGGUUAAUUCUCAGUAUUUUCCAGGGAAAGGAAAAUUCAGCAUAGCUUCUUUAACUAUGUGGAAGAAAUACAGAUUAUAUCUUCUGUUAUCCUUGUGUUUGCUUAAUAUUUUAUAAAAUUUUUUGAGAUUGGAUCACAAUAAAUAUAUUAAAAUUAUUCCAAAUUUUGAAGUUGACAUUGAAAAUUGUCAUUUCUAUCUGAGGUUAGAAAAUAAGUCUAUUUAAUUUUUGAAAUAAGUGCUACUUGUAUUCUUUAGUAUUUGAGAUAAGUAUAACAAAUUCAGAUCACAGUAAAUUUUCUUUUCUGCUGAGUCUCACAGAAGACCUGACUGAGCAGAAAAAUAAACGCUGAUGAGUGUAUUUUGGUAUGCAGGCAAAAAUGCAAACUUCUACUCUAGUAAGCUUUAUCUCUAAUUAGCAAAGGCACUGUUCUUGUUCCUUUUUAAUAAUUUCUAGACUACUUACUUGCAAACAUUUUUUUCCACACUAAGAAUUAAUCCAAUGGAGUUUGAUUUUUACCAAGUAAACUGUGUUUGAAAUUUUGCAGACAUGAGGGUUGGUGUUCAUGUCAUGCUAAAUGUCCACUUCUUACGGUAGACCACUAAAAUUUCACCCUCAGGCCAAAAAUAUUUAUCAGUGGGCUUUUCCAGUGGGAUUCUUCUUUGUAUAUGGAUUUGUGUCUAUGUUAUUUACUGUAAAAUAAGUAAAAAGUCAAGCUGCCAAUAUAUGAUGUCUGAAAUAUUUUUCUUCCCCAGAAUUGCAUAGCAAAUUACCUGUUCUUAUCUGUUACUGCUAGAUUGUCUGAUGGGAUACUUUUAUUUAGCACAUGAAAUGCCAUCAUAAAAAUGAAACUACUGUGGUAUCAAGAAAGAUUAUUAUAAUAGUUCUGUACUACUAUGAUAGUUCUGUUAUGUAUAUUUUAUGUAUUGCAAUCAGUAGCAAGACUCUUCUCUGGGUCUCUGUCUACUUUUCUUCGUAUAAUUAACUGGUGAGUUAUAAUUUCUCAGUAUUUCAACAGCAAAGAAUUCUGAAUUUUCUCUCACUUUUGCACAAAGCUAAUAUAAAUAGGGAAUAAUGUCACACUUUUCUUGGUGUGAUUAGAUCCCAUGUGCACAUGUAUGAAAUGUUGUAAUGUUAGUAUUUUUACCUUGCUCAUAUUCUGAGAAUGCCAUUAGAAGGGUAAGGUUUAGAUCAAUUGUUAUUUUUAUACUGCCUUACUGAGCUUCUUUGCUUGUAACAACCUUUCAGGUGGUAGAUUGCCCUGUGCCAACUCUUUAGUGGGCCACAAUGUCAGAACCUAAAGAGCUGAGAGAGCAUUUUUUUGCUGAUUGCCCAUAUCUAUGUGCUCAUUCUGGAAAAAAAACAAAAAACCAAAAACAAGAAACAAGCAAAACAAACCAUAUCUGGUUGAUUCCUUGUAUACCUCUUUGGGUAGCUUACCUGUAAAAGGAGAUCUCAGAGUCUUUCUACUGUGAUUAUGCUAUUAUGUCAGGUACAAACGUAAGCAGAAAAUUGCUUUGUGGUUUUUAAGAUGAAUUUAAAGGCAAAAAUUGCUUUUAAGAAGUAUAACAUACAGAGCCAGUGCUAUGUUGGAGUAGUGGGUAGAUAGUGUCUGUUUUAAAGGGAAACAACAGACUGUAGUGAGAAAGGGUCUGAGUUCUUAGAUGCACCAGGUAAUUUUUUUUUUCUGUUACUUGAAAGCAACAGAAGAAAUUUACUUAAGGGAAAGAAAGGCAGUGAGAAGCAUUUAUGUACGUAGCUACCCAAAUGUUGCAGAAUGCAUUGUUUUUUUAGUACUUCAGUAUUAAACCUCACAUGCAGCACUCCCAAUUUUAUACUCAAAAGUUUGCCAUGGACUUCCAUAAUGAGAUGACAAAGAAUAGGAUACUGGGAAAAAAAUCAGUACCAUAAUUUCAAAAUAACUCUAAGUAAUAGAAAAUUAAUUUGCAGAUAUUUGUAGUGAAAAUUAUAUAAGCUACUUACAGUAUAGCAGUUUUAAAAAGCAUAAGUUUGGUCCUUUGCAGUAAAUUCAGUAAUUUAACAUUAAAAAAAUUGUUAAUUGUUCUUGAUUGAUUUCCUGCAAAUGUAUUCAUCUGCUCUACACUAUUCACAAGUUUGAGAUGUCUUCAUGGUGAUUCUUUACAUCUUAUUAAUUCUGAUUCCAAAUAUGAGCUGAUUAUGCAUGUAAAAGCAAUUUUAUUGCUUAUGAUUAGUAAACAUCGGGAGCUGAGGAGCAAUACAGAAAGGAUGUCAUUUGCGUAUUCUGAAUCUAUAGGUUUUUAUUUCACUGCAGGAGUUAAUCAGCGAUGCACAUUAGAUUUUUUUCCUGCUCCAUCUGCUUGGAUUCUGACUUUGCACAGGCAUCAAUGUGUACUUAGCAUGAACAAUGCAAACAGUUCUCAUUUAAAUCAGUUUAAAAGAUGUAAAUGCUUAAGUUCAAAUAAAAACACAUUACAGUGACAUUCCUAAGAAAACAAUGCACUGGCUUACCCGGUUAGCCCAGGUUUUGUAGCACUUGAUUUCUAAUUCCUACAUGCUUAACCAAAUGAGCACCCACGCAGAGCCUGAGCUGCAGUACUCCGUUCCCCUUGAACCCCCUGAGCUUCCAGGUGAGUGGAUGAUCCAGCUGCCCAAAUCUACUUCACCUGUAGGCCUAAUGUGCAGUCAAGCCUAGGUAUUCAGCUAGUUGCCCUUAAGCUUAAUUUUGAACAUGUGCACUGUGUUGUGGAAGAUAAAAUGUGUGAAAUACAGUUGGUUUGACUGCUUGCCACUCUGAGCAAUAUAUUUGACUUUUCUUUGACUCUCUUGCAUUUUGGUACCUUAUUCUGGAGCUUGUAGUUUUGAAAACAAGUUAACUCCAUGUCUCUGCAAAGCUCAAUUAGAUAUGAUCUUUGGAAUAAAGAACAGUACAUUAAAACAAUAGCAAUUAAUCAUAUUAGGUCUCAUUCUGGCAAGCUUAAUUGUAAGAAUAUUUUCAAUCCCUGUUCCUGUUUCCCUAUACUUUCCCCAGGAUGGUUCCAGCCCAGAGCUGAGAGUUGCUAGUACUGUAUGCCAGUCAAAAAAAGGAGUCUAAUCCUUCUGAUUUGUGGAGCAGGGGGUGGCAGACAAAGAGCACGGUCUUAAUCUUAGCUGGAAAAAGGAUGAAUGUGAGAAAGUGUCUCUCUCCAUCUAGGCUUUAGCACAUACAUAGAAUUGCUUUCUUUUGGUAUUUUUGCAUUCUCUGGCUACUUCUGAGAUUAAACCUAGCCAGAAAAGAGCAGUAAUAAAAUAGUUUUAACAGUUAAAACAGUUUUAAGUUCCAUGUAGUGCAGCUGCAACACUUUACUCUGUGUCUUUGCACUCGUAAGUUGGUUUUGAACGUACUGUUGUAGUAAUGCAGAGAGCAGAUGAGGCCUCACACUGACUACCUCUCAUGCAAUAAAACCCAGGCUCACUCAGUAGUUAAUAUUGAUUACAGCUGAGCAUCCUUCAGCCACAUCAUUCAGGGAGGUGGUAGUGGGGGGAAGAGUAAACAAGAAAUAAUAACAAAGAUUUUAUUCCAGUGAUGUAUGUGGUAUACAUGAUACCCAUAAUACCAACUCCAACUGAAGGAGGUCCUACAGCUUCUGGUAGGAAAUAAAAAGUGAAUUUGGCUAUGCUAUAGUUUUUGUUGUGCUCUAAAAUGUAACAAAAGAUGUCACCUGUUUCCUUCAGGCUAAGUCAGAUUUUCCAGGAUACUGUGUCCAAAACAUACACGCAAUUCUAAUUUUUGAGGAAACAUGAUGCUCUUUUACCUGUUGCAAUGUAAUUGGAUAAUGCAUGUACAAAUGACUUGUGUAGCCUGCCAAUGAAUGUUGCUAAUGCCUUACCAAAAAAAAAAAAAAAAAAAGAAGAUAAAGCAUAUUUUUUGUAUUUUUUUUCCUCAGAGGCAAAUCCAAACAAUGCUAGAUUUGGGAAACUGUUUACUGAAAAGCAUUUUCUAAUAGAUCUCUGAAGAAGUGCAAUUGUAUAAUUACUAUUGUUCAGUGCAUACAGUACAUUGUCUCCAUCACUCUGUACACUGCUGCUAUUAGUGCUUGUUCUAAUAAAUCUCAAUGUACACUGUUUAAA